AUGAAGCAAGAGACCGCCAUCGCUGCGAAUUAUGCGCUGACAUCGCUCGCACUGGCGAUCCAAACGGGCAAUGCGAUAUACGGCAUCAAGCACGCCUGGCAGCGAAAGACACUCUUCAACGGCGUUCUCGCCGGGUGUAUGGUCAUGUACGCUGCAUCUUUUAUUCCACUGCUUUUCACCGCCAGACCCGCUGUCUUGCUCGCCGAUAAACCCGACGGGCCCGGAAGCCCAUACACGCCCUUCCUGACCGACUUACAGAACAUCGUGCGGGUGUGGACAGCGCUGUAUGGCCUCGCCACCUUUCCGUACGUGAUACUGGUGCAGAUCAGGUUUCGGGUCGUUCGCUCGGUUAUCAAGUAUAGCAAGCAUUGGGAUACAUUCUUCGUGAUCUUCACAACCCUCAUCUGGCUCAGCGCCCUCGCCAUCUGCGGCGUGAUCUACCCCCCCUCGAAAAAGAUCGCAGGCUACACAACAACGAUUUGGACUGUGUACGGCCUGCUCUGCGACAAUGUAUUCUCGAUGACGUUCAUCUUCAGCAUCUACAACAUCCGCCGCAAGCUGAACAAGAACAUCGAGGUGCUGUUCCGCCGCGUGCGCACGGGACUAUUCUUCCUGUGCUUUAUGACCUGGAUGGGGAUCAGUUUCAGCGUGAUUAGCUUCACGCUGUAUUCGAAUAAUGGGGUUAUGCGGACACUGUUUUUCAGGAUCUCGCUUCUGUUUUCGCCAUUGGCUUAUUCGGGCGCUUUGGUCUACCUCUACACCGUCCGCCAACUCUUCCAGCCCCAAACGCGCUACAGCCAACAAGACCUCCGCGCCAUCAAAAAAUCCCAACAGGAGCUCCGCGCAAACGCCGCAUCCUCCGAAAAACUUACAAAGCCCAAAAGUGCCUCCGUGAUGCUAACCGCCACCGUAACCGGCACCGCGCCCGCCGACAGCCCCAUCCGCGGCGCCGCCGACUCCUUCGCGCCAUCAAGGACCGAAUCCGACCCGGCUGAAUCCCGUCUCGACCCGUCACGAUUACUGCUCGAGGUACAGGAUUUGCAGACGACCAUCGAGUAUGAUGACGCGGAGGAGGAGAGGGAGUCGAGCGACGAGAGUGAUUUAGAGGGCGGGAAUGCGCCCGUGCCGUCGCUGGUGAAGGGGGAGGCGGGCGCGAGGAGUGGGGCGAGUGGGAAGAGUUUGGCGAGCCAGAUGAGGAGUGAGGCGCCGAGGAUGAGUAUGGUGGAGAAGACGGUUGGGGGGGAGAAUGGGGAUGAGAGAGAGGCGGAUGGGUUUUAAGUAGCCACCCGGUUUUUCGUGGUAUCGGGGAUGUGUACGCUUUCAUAGAGAAAUUAUCAGGUCGUGCAUCCAGAAUAAUAUCC